AGAUUUCCAAUCAACCACAUCUUAAAAUUGUAUGGUCGCUUGCCGGUACAUCAAAGAUUUACCCCAAAAAUAUCCAAUGUCCUAGAGUAAAUUAAAGAAAAACGCUUGAGCAAAGGAAGAAAAGGAAAAAUAAUAAUUUUUUGAAUGGUUUUUCGUGUGUGCUAUUUUCUUUUAUAUCACUAUUCACACACAAGAAAGGGGGGCCGCAACCAAUGUGACUUUAUUGUGAUGUUGAUAUCCUGCAAGAAAUAUAUUUAAGUGACAGUAAAAGACUGGUGUAUUGUUGGUAUUAAUUAUCCGGAAGUAAAUAGAAAGUGACUUUGUGAUAAACUUAAAAAGAAACGAAAAUUUUCUCGUUUAUUGGCGUGAAUUCUAAAUAUAGAUAAUGGCUUUUUGCGGAAAUGACCGUCCUUUAAUAUAGUUUAAUGUGUUUGUAAUCUACUAAGUAAAAGCAACCAAACCAAACAGUGAAUGUGAAUUGAAAAUUGUGAACAAACUAAAAACUAUUUAAAAUAAAAUUUCAUAAAUGGUAAAAAGUUUACACACACUUGUAUGCCCGAGAUGUCCCUUCACAAUAGAACACCGCCGCAAAGUCCUCGUGCUCCAAAAAUACAACAGCAAAGUUGGGAUGAUUGUGAGACACCACCGAUAUCAUUGUACGAGCCGGAUGAACAAAAUAGAUCACGUUCACCUUCGAGAAAUCAGUUCGAACCAAGGAGUCCAAAAUCACCGAGAAACUUUGACAAAAACUCAAUGCAAAACAACUACUACACCGACUACAAGAGUCCGAAAUCACCGAGAAAAUUUACAUACGGCGAUCAACGCAGUCCGAAAUUAGAUUACGAUGAUGGCAACGUACACUAUGAGACGCCAAAGAGUCCGAAAAUUACUUAUUCGAACGGCGACACCACAUACGAUUCUCCAAUAUCGAGCAAACCGUCGAAGAGUCCUAAUUCGUCGAAAAAGUUUGUUUUUGAUGCCGUUAGCCCUAGAAAUGAGAGUAAUAUUGACGAAUUCUUUGAAUCACCCACCAAUUCAACAUUCAAAUUUUGCGAAACACCGAAAUACGCAAAACAAAAAAAUGCUGCCAGAUCAAAAUCACCGCGUAAAUUCGAUCAUGUCACGUCACCGCAUGAAGAGAUUGACUUAAAGGAAUCCGUUCCACAUGUCCAUCAACACGAUAAGCGACAUUCCAUUAUAACCGAAUCGACAUUAUCCGAAUCGGAGGUGAGCGGUGCAACGACAACAGCACGUUGCGACAGCAUCACCGGCAGCAAUAAUUCCAGUGAGAAACCCAUUGUGGAUGUGGAUCCGAAUCAAAGGAGUAGAAGUCGUAGCAGACGGCAUGCAAUUAACAUUACCUCGAAUCCGGGGUAUCAGGUUUUACAUACAUCCCAUUCUACCCUCGAUCGAACAUGUUCGGAUAGCAUCGUUUCGUUGCGCUAUCGAAAAUCAACAAGUGACCUAACUGACGAACCGCCAGCAGCUGAGAGUAACAGCACACCUGUAGUUACCACCCACAAACGACGAGGUAGCUCCAAGGGAGGAUUAGCAUAUUUAGCCAGCCGACGGAAUUCGAGAGAAUCGAUGAAAAGUGCCACCUCAAAUGCAUCAAUCUUUUCGAACGAAGACAUUGGUCCAUUAGCUUUUCAAUCAUCAGCUCGAGGUCGUCAGCGCCGAACGUCAAACUUUCUGGAAUUACCAAUUCCAGAUCAUAUUAGGCCACGAGUUUGUUCACUGCCAGAAAAACCUUACAAUCCGAGACUAAGCGACGAUUUAUAUCGGCUUCGUACGUUCUCCAUCAGCAAAGGAACUGUAGUGAAUUGUGGUGAUUCUAUAAUAUCAAGAAGGUCUCGCAGUAAUACCAGCAUGAAUUCGACCAACAGCAGGGCUAGUGAACGAUCUCCAUUUGAUGGUUCAUGUUGCGGCGUUGGAUAUGCUACAGUUGAUUCAUUACCACCAUCCCCAACAGAUAGUGAAGCAGAGCCACCACCUCCACGCCUUCGUGUGGUUAUGAUGGGUGAUUCAGGAGUGGGUAAAACCGCCCUAGUAUCACAGUUUAUGACUUCUGAGUAUAUGCAUAUAUAUGAUGCCAGUUUAGAUGACGAAUUUGGCGAGAAAACUGUCUGCGUUCUGCUCGAUGGUGAAGAAUCAGAGGUGGUAUUUAUAGACCAUCCCAGCACGGAAAUGAGUGUUGAAAAUUCUCUGUCGACUUACGAGCCACACUCGUGUGUCGUUGUAUAUUCCAUUGUAAAUCGGAAUUCUUUCAAGCAAGCUGAGGAAAUUAUCAAUUAUUUAUGGCGAGAAAACGUCACCAGGGAUAAGUCGGUGAUAUUGGUUGGAAAUAAGGCUGAUAUGGCCCGAGCACGAGCAAUCCCUACGUCCGAGGGAAAAUCGUUGGCGCAAUCAAGAGAUGCAAAGUUCAUUGAAACAUCGUCAGGUAUACAGCAUAACAUUGACGAAUUGCUGGUGGGAAUUUUGAAACAGAUACGAUUGAAGGAAAGCAGAGAUAGGAAAGCAGCUGCACAAACCGCAUUGAGAAUGAAAAAUUCAAAGACGCAAAUGUCCCUUCAUUUGGCCAAAGAAAUACUACAGAAAAUCUGUCUCAGUGAUAUAUCUAAAUCAAAAAGCUGUGAAAACUUACAUGUACUUUAAGUGUAACUUUUAAUUUAAUGCGUCAAUGGGGGCAGGCAAUCGGUGGUAUACACUUGCUCGAGUUUUAUAUCUCAUGUCUUCUUCUUUUUUUGGUCAAUAAAAACCUAAUUUUAUUUGGAACAAAUUAAGAUGGCAUACUACUUAUUGAGAGCCAUCUGUUGAAAAGCUUCGUGUAAACAGCGUCUUUUGUAUAAAAUAAACCACAAUUUGUGUAAUCAUUAUUGAACGGAAUUCACAUCGAGACACGUAUUGGACUGCAAAAUAUUAAAGUAUGAACCUUUCAUCACCAAAUUGCAGAAAAAAAAAAUGUUUAAAAUAAUUUAUGAAACGAAUGAUAAUAACGUUUUAAAACAGCUCUACACUGGGCACAAAACAUGUAGAAUCUCACAUUAUUUACACAUAUAGAGGCUUUGAGACCAUUAUUACACAAAUUGUGGUUUAUUUUAUACAAAAGACGCUGUUUACAUGAAGCUUCCAACAGAUGGCCGAUGUAGUAAGUAGUAUGCCCUUUUUACUGUACCUGGACGCUACAUUGGUUAAAGGGUCGGAAAUUUUCGCUUUUUGUAAAGUUGCACCUGUUAGUGACAACGAAUCCAAAAAUAAACGUUGAACUCUGCGUCGAUCUUAUUAUAGUGAAAUGUAUGGUUAAACAAAUGAAGUAAAAGAUGUUGAACCAAAUUUACUAAAGAAAAUGUUCAUCAAAAGAAGUAAUAGAUUCGAGCAGUAUAUCAGUGAAAUGCUUGCUGCCUGAGAAAAAUGUUAUUACUAGUUGCAUGAUUAACCAUUUUGUUUGAAAAAUGAAGUGUUCGCGUAAAGUGUGUUGAUCAACUUGUGAAGUUAAGAUCAAAAUUGAUGAUGAUCCUUAUCAUCCUGAGUUAUGUAAUAGAUUUUUUCUGCUUGGUUUUCGAUCAAUCAAGCACUAAGAGGACAUUACUUGCCAAUGGGACAAAUGAUAGAAAUGGUAUUUCUGUGUAAAGUUUAGCGAUCCGAGGCAAGUUUAGCGAUCCGAGGCAAGUUUAGCGAUCCGAGGCAAGUUUAGCGAUCCGAGGCAAGUUUAACGAUCCGAGGCAAGUUUAGCGAUCCGAGGCAAGUUUAGCGAUCCGAGGCAUGGUCGAGGUCAGUAAAGACAGAAGAAGUCAUUUCUAUCUUUCGUCCCAUUACCAAGUAAGAUAGUUUACUCAAAAGCUUUACCUCACUUUUUUGAGGUAAAAUAUUGUACGUAACUAGGACGGAAAGUCUAGUUUUCACGUUAUGCGUCUAUUGACAUUGGCUCCCGUCGUUUCAAGUCCUUUCAAAUUUCCUGUUAUAAUUACGUAAAAUCUACUACUCAACGCUCUAGGAAGAUAAAUAGAACAUUAUUUCAUGCUGUUAAACAGCGAACGUAUCUGUGGGAUUAAAAUGGAAAAUGGAUUUACUCGGGUGAAGCCAAGGAUCCAAGAACUCGGUAACACAAUCACCGUUGUAUCCAUUUUCCAUCAUUUCUCCCAUAGAAUUUACUAUUAACAUUAUGUGCACUGAUAAACCAAUUUUCUUGUUUUCCUUAAGGUGGCAUGUAGAAGUUCCGAACUUUAAGUUCUUCACAAUUUUAUACAAAGUUUGAGUAUGUAGACGAACUUGUGAACUAUGAAAACUAUUGAAAGCGUAUUUGUGUUGCUAGAAUUUCUUGCCAAACAUGUCUAUAUUGCAAAUUGUUGUAUUUCAGCAAAACAAAAAGAGAGUUCAAAUCCGUAAACUAUUUCUGGUUUUUGAU